AUGGCUUUGCUACCACCUGACCCGGUUUAUACGAUUCGAAAUGUCGACAAUUCGCCAGUGUAUUCCUUGGCGUUCAGCUUUCUACCAGGCGGACUCGAGAGGUUACUAGCCGGCUCAAAAAAUGGAUAUGUUUAUGCAUACAACCUUCAGACAAACCGGGUCCAGCAAAAAAUCAAAGUUGGUCAAGCUCCCAUUCUUCAUCUCAUUCAUACAAACAGCCAUAUGAUAACCCAAGAAAAGGGGGGAUUUUGUCGUUUUGAUGCCAACACAAAACUCGAAACUCUCUUUGUACCUGAUACUGAAUCCAAAAUAUACAUUUAUAACUUUUCCGGAGAAAAAAUUGGUUGCCUAAAACCUGAAAACCCUAAGCUUGGGGAUCCAAUGUGUAUAAAGUAUAUUGAACUUUCUGAUGACCAGCCUUGCCUUCUAGUGGGCUAUGAAGCAGGAUGGCUUCUAUUAUGGGAUCUCAACACUAGUCAAUGCCUCAGUAAAUUGCAAACUAAAGAAUGUCCAAUGUCAGUAGAUUUCCAUGUUGAACAACAAAGAGGCAUGGUCGGCAAUGCCUCAGAUGUGAUACAAAUAUUUAGUAUAAGCAAAAAAGACUUAAGCUUGGCCCAUAAACUUGACAUAAAUAUAAAAAAUCCUGGAAUAAAUAGAGUUUUUACUAGAAAUGAUGGAAGAGUUUUCGCCUCUGGUGGCUGGGAUGGCCACAUUCGCAUAUUCUCAUGGUUCUCUCUGAGGCAAUUGGUAGUACUUACUGAACACAGACAAGCAGUUCAAGAUGUUGUCUAUUCUACCCAAAAAGUUUCAUAUUGGAAUGCGAAUAUUAUGGCAGCAGGUGGUCUUGACGGAGCUAUUACUCUUUGGGACUUAUAUAAUACUAAAAAG